AUGCCGCCGCCGCAACUCCGGGGCUUCAGCGGCGGGCCCGCCGGCGCAGCGCCCUAUCAUCAAGGUGGUUUCCCUUCACAUGGUCAACCACAGGGCGGCCACCUGGGCGCCAACCAGUACCUGAACGCCAAUGCGCAGCUCGGACCUUUCUCUGCUGCCAACAACAAUGCCUUUACUGCUGGCCUGAACGGCCAAGGGUUUGCCGACACAGGGUUCGGAAGCCAAAGCGCAAGGAUGGGCUUCCACGGCCCAGCUGGCCUACAACAGCCGCAGCAUGGAGGGCAGGUUCACCAGAACGUCUUGAUGGAGCACCCAGGGAUCAGGUCGCACCCUAACAAGGGCAGGAUACGAGAGGUGUGGAAACAUAACCUACACGAGGAGAUGGCUGUGUUGAGAGAACUGGUGGACAAAUACCCCUACAUUGCGAUGGAUACCGAAUUCCCCGGUGUUGUCGCAAGACCCAUGGGAGGGUUCCGGGGGAAGAGCGACUACCACUACCAAUGUCUGCGAACCAACGUCGAUAUGCUCAAGGUUAUCCAAAUAGGCCUCACCUUCUUCAACGAGGACGGCGAAACCCCACCGGCACGACCAUCAACAAACGACUCCGAUUUCGGCUUGGCUGCUCGAAGAGCAGCAAGCAACGCCCCCUUCCCCUGCUCUUGGCAGUUCAACUUCAAGUUUUCCCUUAAGGAUGACAUGUAUAACGAGAAGUCGAUCGAAUCACUCCAACAGGCGGGUAUCGACUUUAGCUUGCUUGAACGCGACGGCAUCGAUCCCCACGAAUUUGCCUCCCUUCUUAUCCCCUCUGGUCUGGUGUGCUUCGACAAUGUGCGAUGGAUCUCUUUCCACGGCGGUUACGAUUUUGGCUACCUCACCAAGCUUCUUAUCUGCACGCCCUUGCCCAACGACGAGGUCGAUUUCGAUACCAAGAUGAAGCUCUACUUCCCGACAACAUAUGACGUGAAGCAUCUUAUGAAGUAUGCCAUCAAGCUACACAACUCUGGACUCCUCACACCAAGCGACCCCAGUAGUGCUGAGAUCCUGCAAAAGUUUGAGCACAAGUCCGGCCUCGAGAACAUUGCCGAAACCCUCAAGAUUAAGCGCAUUGGCUCGGCACACCAGGCAGGCUCUGACUCCCUCCUCACCGGCAAGGUCUUUUUCCAGAUGCGCGACAAGAUCUUUAGUAGCGAGAUUCCGGAUGAACACGUCGGCAAGGUCUGGGGACUGGGCUUCCCGGACUCAAGCGUUGUCAUGUCUAUGAUGAACCAGCAGAACGCUGGCAACGAUGGUGCGAAUAAUGGCAACGGUCAGACCGGAGGGCCAAGCACGCCCAACACUACAAGUGCUGGGCUUGCUACUACUCCUGGGCCCCAGGGCCACAACACCAACGGCAUCACCAACACGGGGCCUAUGACCCCUGGCGGUGGCGGUGGUGUGUUUGGCAGCUUUGCCUUUGGUGGAAACCGAUGA